AUGGUGGUCUUGAAAGGUGUGCGGAUUUUCCACAUCCAAUUUUCAGUGGCGUCAAAUGGGCGCAGUUGUCUUGCACCCUUUUUUCCGGCGAUCUUGAAAGGUGUGCGGAUUCUCUCGCACGCCUUUUUCAGCGGCGCCAAAGGGGUGGCGGCUUUCCCGCACCCGUUUCUGGCGGUCUUGAAAGGUGUCCGGAUUUUCCCGCACGCAAUUUGGAGUGCCGCCAAAGGGGUGCAGCUGUCUUGCACCCCUUUUCCGGUGGUCGUGGACGAUGUGCAGAUUUUCUCGCACACCUUUGUGGGCGAUCUGAAAGAUUUCCCGCACCCGUUUUCGAGGUUUCUGGCGGUCUUGAAAGGUGUGCGGAUUCUCCCGCACGCCUUUUUCAGCGGCGCCAAAGGGGUGCAGAUUUCCCGUUUUCUCGUGGUCUUGAAAGGUGUGCGGAUUCUCCUGCACGCCUUUUCCAGCGGCCCCAAAGGGGUGCGGCUUUCUUGCACCCCUUUUCUGGCGGUCUCGAAAGGUGUGCGGAUUUUCCCGCGCACCUGUUUUCUGGCGGUCUGA